AUGACUCAUCGUUCUUAAGGUCCUCUUAGAGGACAACAUUAUAGACAAGCUAACUUAACAUAAAUGGGAAUAAAGAUUAUUGACUAGAAAAGUGAGUCUAUCUAUGUUGACUCAGAAAUAUCAAUUAAGAAACGAAAGCAAAAGAACCCUUUAGAGAUUAAUCGUGGCUUAUAUAAAUCAUAAACAUAUAAGGAAAUUUAUAAAUAGGAUUCCUUAAAAGAAAAUGAUAAAUUUGAUUCUCCUUUAGAUUAAUCUGUUAAUUAGCCUCUUAAUUUAACAAAUAAAUUCUCUAGUUCUUUACGUAAAUUCAAUGUAUAAGGACUCACAAGAAUAUUUAUUUAGAAGUUGCUUUUUAAUUUAAGAAUUUCUUAAAAAUAAUAGAAUCUUACAAAGAAAUUUUAAAAAUUCUUAGAAGAUAAAGCAACUGAUACAAUUAAUGAAGAAUCAGAAGACAAGGAACCUUUAAAUUGUAAAUUAUUUUUAAAAGAUUCUUAUGAGAGAACCCUCUUAGACCUAAGUUUAAUUAUUAUCCUAAUAUCUUAUACUAUUUUGGUACCAAUAUUUUGUAAUAAAUUUGAAUUGUUAUUAGUAUUUGGUAAAACUAUAUCUUUAUCAUAGUAUUUUUAUAUACAAUUUUUAAAAUUAUAGAUUACAACACUUGUAGUUUUAUUGAUUUACCAAUACUUGGUAUAAAUAUAUUGGCUAUGUACUAAACUCACUUUGUGUUUGCAAACAUUAUAAAUGUGAUUAAAGUCUAUUAGUUAUUAAAGACAAUUAAUAUAUUGACUGAAAAAAGAUUUAUACGAUUUUCUUUUUCAUUACUUACAAUAAUAAUGCAUGUAAAUAAUAGUGCAUUAUUUUGGAAAUAUUUAUUAGAAGAAGAUUUCGAUUAUCAAUAUUUAUUGAGUGAAUAAAUUAAGUUAUUAUUUAAUUUUGAAUUGGAAAUAAAAGAUAAUCAUUAUUAAAUUUAUAAUUCUGUAAAUAGAAUUUUAAGUUUUUUAGUACUAUUGUACUUUUCAUAGUAAUUCUUAAAUUUUAUAAAACUACCAAGUGAUUUAAAAAAAAAAGAGGAACUUUUUGAAUAGCUACUGAGUAAAAAUACAAUGAGUAAACAACCUUUUAGAAUACAACAUUAAGUUAGAUAAUUAUUAUGGUCAAAAGUUUAGAAUUAUAUAUAAGCAGAUUCUUACCCUAGUUAAUUAGAAUUAAAUUUUCCUAGUGAAUUAAGAAGAUCUUUAAAUUUACAUAGUUACUUAGAUAUCAUUCAAAAAUCAACAUUCAUUAAAUAACAAUUUAGUUCAUAAUUUUAAUAAAGUUUAUCAGAAUUUGUGAAAGAAUAGAUAGUUGAAACAGGUGAAAUAAUUUAAUAAGAGAAUUAGGAUGUGAAUAAAUUGAUAUUUUUAUUGGAAGGAGAGUUAUCAAUAAAAAUAAAAAAUAAAAGAGUAUAAUAACUGAAGAAAAUCAGCAUAGUAAAUUAAUAUGAAUUUUUUGCAUGUUAACAAUCUCCUUGUGAUAUAAUUGCAAAAACUAGAUGCAAAAUUAUAGUAAUUGAUUAUUAAUAGUUUUAUGAUUUAGUUUGUAUGCAUAAUUAAGAUUUUCAGAUAUACAGAAUGUGGUAUGAUAGAAUGGUAAAUUAAAAACAAAAAUGUAUGUACAAAGUAUUCAUAAAUGUUUAAACUUAGGUUUGUUAUAUUUGUAUGGAAAAUCAUGAAACUUACAUGUGUCCUGCUGUGUUUUAUUAAGCAAAUUAUAAUAAAAUUGUAUCUAAUAGCACAUAUACAAUUCCUAAUUUUAGAUAAAAAUACCAUAGAUUCGAGAAAAAGAGGGUUUCUUCAUUAACUUAAUAAAAUCUAAUAAGCAUAACAGCAGUAAAUUGGGCUUAAUAAUUUAAUUUAAUUUCAAAGAAUACAGAUAUGGUAGAUUAGUUUUUAGGAAAACAGGAUAGAGAUGAAGAAUAUUAAUUAUUUGCAGAUGAAGAUCAUACAUCAAAACAUCUAACUUAAACUUAUACUCAUCAAUAAAGUAUUAAGUCUCCAAAAACAAAUAAAACUGGAAUAACUGGAAGAGAAAGGGAUCGUGUUAAUACUGAUUCGAACAUAAAUCGUACACUUACUAUAAGAACUUUGAAAGCAUCUGAAAAUGGAACUACAAGAUUAAAACCAAGUAAUGUAAAUAGCAAUAACAAUGAUUCUAUUGUAGUAAGUAAUUCUCCAUCUCCUUUAUAAUAACCUAAUAAAACACCCUUAAUGCUAUUUACUAAAGAAUAAAUUAAAAAAUAAACUAAUAUUAGUAGUAGUUUUACUAUUGAUAGAGGUUAAGAUAAGAAAUCGUCAUUAUAAUCUUAACAAUAACCAGUUCAUUCGACAAGUAUCCUAUAAAGUAAAGAGAUUGUCCAAUAAUUGUAAAGCAACUUAGGCAGUCCAAAUAUGCAUAAUACUUAAACUAAGCUAAAUGGAAAUGAUUUCAGUAUUAAUUGGCAUAGAUCUGAUACAUAACCUGUUGUAAAAUAUCAUACUUUUAUAAAUUAGUUUUCUGACUUAAUUGGAUCAGUUGGUUAGUUAAUAUUUAUUCGAGAUUUUGAGAAUAUGCAAUUUUACUAAUGGUAUUUCCCAAGUUACAAUUACAUAGUUGUUAUUGAGAGAUUUAGAAAGUUUUUAAGUAAAAAAUUCAAUAAUGAAUGA